GGAGUGCUACAAAAAUCCAAGCGCCACCAGGAUCUCACGCGCCCCUGGAAUUGGAGUUCUUACCUGGACCUGGAUGGCUGGGGCAGUUUCCUUGAGCACUCUCAGCGUGGACAGCUCCCGCAUCCUGGGCUCUUCCUCUGCAGUGAGCGGCCGCCGGAGAGCUACAGCGCCCGGUGCAGCACGCGACUGACCCGCGCGCUCGCUCCUCCCUGUCCGCGCUCCCCCCUCCCCCCUUAGCUCACUCUACCCGGCACUUUGAGGGAUUUCCUCCUGGGGCGGCCUUUGCAGCAGCAACACAUCUGCCUGGCUGGCGGCAACUGCGAGCAUGGAUCUCCGAGGAAGAGCCCUUCUCAGCGGAGACAGACUUCGGAUUCUCCUGAUGCUCUUCCAUGCAAUGGUCCAAACCGUGGCAGAACAAGAAGUGGAAAAUCUUUCGGGCCUUUCCACGAACCCCGGGAAAGACAUAUUUGUGGUGCGGGAAAAUGGGACGACGUGUCUCAUGGCAGAGUUUGCAGCCAAAUUUAUUGUACCUUAUGAUGUGUGGGCCAACAAUUACGUGGAUCUGAUCACAGAACAGGCUGAGAUCGCCUUGACCCGGGGAGCUGAGGUGAACGGCCGCUGUGGCCACAACGAGUCGGAGCUGCAGGUGUUCUGGGUAGAUCGCGCCUACACACUCAAAAUGCUAUUUGUAAAGGAAAGUCACAACACUUCCAAAGGGCCAGAGGCGACUUGGAGGCUGAGCAAGGUGCAGUUUGUCUAUGAUACCUUAGAGAAGACUCACUUUAAAGACCCAGUGAGUGCUGGGAAGCACACGGCCAACUCUCAUCACCUCGCUGCCUUGGUAACCCCAGCUGGGAUGUCCUAUGAAUGUCAGGCUCAACAGUCCAUUUCUCUGGCCUCCAGUGAUCCUCAGAAAACUGUCACCAUGAUUCUGUCCGCAGUGCACAUUCAACCCUUUGACAUCAUCUCUGAUUUUGUCUUCAGUGAAGAGCAUAAAUGUCCAGUGGAUGAGCGAGAGCAGUUGGAAGAGACCUUGCCCCUGAUUCUGGGUCUCAUCUUGGGCCUUGUCAUUGUGAUAACACUUGUGAUCUACCACAUCCACCAUAAAAUGACUGCCAACCAGGUGCAGAUCCCCAGAGACCGAUCUCAGUAUAAGCACAUGGGCUAAGGACCAUUAGGCAGACAGCCUCCAGGUCCUGUGCCCCCAAACUGGAUCAAUUGGAACAACAAUGGCACUUUUCACCAACAUAGCUACACUCCAACAGGCAUGGGCACUAAAGUCUUGCCUGGCCUGUGUCCAUGCUUAAACCCAGGGAUGGUGGGCAGGCCUUGGGAUUUGUGGGUUGAAUGGUGACUAUUAUGUCCAUGCUGGGGAGGAAGUGGGGGUGGGUGGGUUGGAUAAUAGACAACUUUCAUGCUCAUGGUAGCUUAGCUUUGACUCUCUGACUUUGUAAGUCUACAGCACCCAGAAAGGAAGUGGUGGCUUUUAUAUUUAGAAACUGGAAACCCUUCAUUUGGGAGACCUCUAUUUGCUCCCUUGGCCUCAGCUGGCUUACUUACAUGGUUUUCUUUUCUAUCUUUCUUUUUAUUUAAUAGGCAAAAUUUAAA